AUGAACAUAGACGUGGAGUUCCACAUCCGGCACAACUACCCCUGGAGCAAGCUGCCGGCCAACGUGAGGCAGAGUCUUGGAAAUUCACAGAGAGAAUAUGAGAAGCAGGUUGUCCUGUACAGUAUCCGUAAUCAGUUACGAUAUAGAAAUAACUUAGUUAAGCAUGUCAAGAAAGAUGAACGCAAGUACUACGAGGAACUGUUGAAGUACAGUCGAGAUCAUCUCAUGCUGUACCCUUAUCAUUUAUCAGACAUCAUGGUAAAAGGCCUGAGGAUAACACCAUUCUCAUAUUAUACUGGGAUCAUGGAGGACAUUAUGAACAGUGAGAAAAGUUAUGAUUCAUUGCCCAAUUUCACUGCUGCUGACUGUCUAAGGCUUCUUGGCAUAGGAAGAAACCAAUACAUUGAUCUGAUGAAUCAGUGCAGAUCAUCAAAAAAAUUUUUCAGAAGGAAAACGGCACGUGAUCUUUUACCAGUAAAGCCAGUGGAAAUUGCCAUAGAGGCCUGGUGGGUGGUGCAGGCCGCAUAUAUCACAGAAGAUGACAUAAAGAUAUGCACUUUGCCUGAGAAAUGCGCUAUUGAUAAGAUCAUUGAUGCAGGCCCUCAACUCUCUGGAUCACUAGAUUACAAUGUAGUCCAUAGUUUAUAUAACAAAGGAUUUGUUUAUCUGGAUGUACCAAUAUCUGAUGACAGUUGUAUAGCAGUUCCUCCUCUUGAAGGUUUUGUAAUGAAUAGAGUGCAAGGUGAUUAUUUUGAAACUCUGCUCUAUAAGAUAUUUGUGUCAAUAGAUGAGCAUACUAAUGUUGCAGAGCUUGCAAAUGUUCUUGAGAUAGACCUGUCUCUGGUUAAGAAUGCUGUAUCAAUGUACUGCCGAUUGGGGUUUGCCCACAAGAAAGGACAAGUAAUAAAUUUGGAUCAGCUUCAUUCAUCGUGGAAGAAUGUUCCAUCCGUAAACAGAUUAAAGAGUACUUUAGAUCCACAGAAGAUGCUCCUGUCAUGGGAUGGCGGGGAAAGUAGGAGUCCUGUACAGGAAGCUUCAUCGGCUACUGACACGGAUACAAACAGUCAAGAAGACCCAGCAGACACAGCCAGUAUAAACAGUUUGAAUCUGUCUACAGGAUACACAAAGCGUAUCGCAUUCCUAUUUGACUCAACACUUACUGCCUUUUUAAUGAUGGGAAACCUUUCACCAAAUUUGAAAAGCCAUGCAGUCACAAUGUUUGAAGUUGGCAAACUCUCAGAUGAGUCUCUGGACAGCUUUCUUAUUGAACUAGAAAAGGUUCAGAGCACUGGUGAAGGGGAAGCACAGAGGUACUUUGACCAUGCGCUCACUCUGAGGAACACAAUACUGUUUCUGCGUCAUAAUAAAGAUCUAGUUGCCCAGACUGCACAGCCAGACCAACCCAGUUAUGGUUUUCCUCUGGAUCUCUUGCGCUGUGAGAGCCUUCUUGGGUUGGACCCUGCAACCUGCAGCAGAGUCCUAAACAAAAAUUACACAUUGCUUGUUUCCAUGGCUCCUCUCACCAACGAAAUCCGGCCUGUCAGCAGCUGCACCCCUCAGCACAUUGGACCAGCUAUCCCAGAAGUCAGUUCUGUCUGGUUUAAACUGUACAUUUACCACAUCACCAGGCAAGGACCACCAUCUCUUUUGCUGUCCAAAGGGACAAGACUUCGAAAACUGCCAGAUAUAUUCCAGGGUUAUGAUCGAUUAUUAAUCACAUCUUGGGGUCAUGAUCCUGGGGUGGUUCCUACGUCAAAUGUGCUCACGAUGUUGAAUGAUGCCCUGACACAUUCAGCGGUUUUGAUUCAGGGACAUGGUUUGCAUGGGAUAGGAGAAACUGUCCACAUACCUUUCCCAUUUGAUGAGACAGAACUACAAGGAGAGUUUACUCGUGUCAAUAUGGGUGUUCAUAAAGCAUUGCAAACAUUGAGGAACAAAGUGGACUUGCAGCAUUUUUGUGGAUAUGUCACCAUGUUGAAUGCUUCUAGCCAACUUGCAAACAGAAAACUCAGUGAUGCUUCUGAUGAGAGAGGAGAACCUGAUUUGGCUUCAGGCUCAGAUGUGAAUGGGAGCACAGAGUCAUUUGAAAUGGUCAUUGAGGAAGCAACUCUAGAUUCAGCUGCAAAGCAAAACUUUGUUGCCACAACAGAAGCAGAUUGGGUUCCUCUGGAGUUGUGCUUUGGGAUUCCACUCUUUAGUUCUGAAUUAAACCAGAAAGUCUGCAGAAAAAUUGCUACCCAUGGCCUUUGCAGAAAAGAGAGCCUUCAAAACCUCUUACAUUCCAGUAGAAAACUGUCUCUACAAGUCCUUAACUUUGUUCACUCAUUCCAGGAAGGUGCUUCAACACUGGAUGUUCACACUGAGGCCAGUUUUCCAAGUUUGCUUUCACAGUCAUCCUGUGCUGACAUGGGAGUCCCCCUUCCUGCAAAGAACUUAGUAUUUAAAGAUGGUAUCUUAACAGAGUGGAGUGGACGAUCACCCUCGUCACUUCUUAUUGCUAAUCUCCAUUUGCAAUAA